AUGGCUGCGGUGCAGCAAAUCCACACCAAACACGGCAGCCACGACGGCCGGCAGACUCGGCGCGAGGGCCGCGACGCCGGCGGUGCCGAGCCUGAAGAGCGGAUCCUCCAGCUUCUUGCCGAGGCCGUCGGUCUCGUUGAGGCUGACCUGGCUGUCCUGGACGCAGAACCUGUCCGGGUCGCUCCAGGUGGCGUCGACGACGCGCUUCCACGCCUCGGCGGGGUUCAUGAUGGUCUCGCGGGUGUGGAAGACGCGGCAGUUGGCGGGCUGGUACAGGAACUGCAGCGGCAGCUGGGCGUUGUCCAUGGAGAAGGCGUUCUUGCCGUUGACGCUGCCGGCCAUGCCGGGGGUCGCGGUGCGGGUCAGGGCGUAGGCCGAGGCCAGGACGCCCAUCUCGCCGCUGCGCAGCUCGUUCGCGCGCUCCUUGGGCGACAGCGUCAGCACGGCCCGCGCCCCCGCGGCCAGCGACUCCAUGGCGAAGACCUGCGUGCCCUCGACGCCGGCGAUGGACUGCAUCUUGCCGACCUGGGGGCGGCCGCCGACGACGGUGGUGCGCACGUUGGCCUGCUUGAUGGCCAGGUACGAGAAGAUGGUGCAGGUGCUGCCGCAGGUGCCGUCGGUCAGGAGCACGACGUCCGAGGGCUUGAAGACGGGCGGCGGGGCCGGGGCUCGGCUGCCCGUGCCCGUCAGGUUGAACUCGGCCGACGUCUCGUUGUAGGGCGUCGACUGGUAGGCCGUGAACUUGUCGCCCUUGAGCUGCACGGGCGCCAGGAUCUGCUCCUCGCUCGUCAUGUUGUGGCCCUCGGGCGUGUACACGAAGCCGGGCAUCAGGUUGAACGUGACCUCCGAGUCCUUCAGCACCGACAAGGCCGCGCGCUCGUUGCCGCCCUUGAACCGCUGCUUGCUGUUGGGGUCGUUGAGCGCGUUGUUGCUGACGCGGGCUAUGUCGAUCAGGGAGUCGGUGAGUCGCAGGUUGUUGGCCUGGAACGGCCUGACUUCGGGGAAGAGCUGUGCAAAAAGCUCGUAGCCCGCCACGAUGAUCCCGCCCCCGUUGCCGGUCAAGUCCACGAUGAGCUUGGUCUUGCCCUCAUCCUUGCACUUGACCAAAAAGUCGGCGACGACCUCCUGGAAGUUCUUGACGUAGUUGACGGCCUGGCCGUCGACCUCGGGCGCGAACGCGUUGAGCGCAAGCACCGCAACCUCGUCGUACCCGGUGCCGUUGAGGAAGUAGCCGUGCGUGAUGUUGCUGCCGUCGUCCCUGAUGACGGGCCACGGGUAGCCCUGGAUGAAGGGCUGGACCUUGGGCUUCUUCUUGGUGGAGGGCGCCGUCCCGUUGGUGGUCGAGUUGGUCUUUUGGAUCUGGAACGCGAUGUUGUCGGGCGAAGAGAGCACCGCGUUGGGCGUGCAGAACCUUUUGUAAAAGUCCUCGCCCGUCUUGACGCCCGUAAAGUUGACGCCCGCCCGCAGCAGGGCGAAGCUCUCCUCGGACUUUUCGCUGCCGUCCUCGUACGUCAACGUCACCUUCUCGCCCUGGUAGACGCGCGAGGCGGCCAGGACUGGCGCCGAGUUGGGGGUGGCGUACGACGGCAGCUGAGAGUUCCACUGCGAGUCCGGAUCCUGAAACGACGAGUACUUGAGGUUCAGCGAUUCGAUGAGCGUCGCGGCGUCUUGGCCGUUGAUCUUGACGAUUGCUGGUGGGAAGCCCUUUUGAGCUGUGCCUGUGCUGUUGUUGAUGCUUUUCACAAGGGGAUCUAA